UCCUGAUAGCUUCACUUUUGAAAAUCUUCGGACUAAAUUGCUCGAAAAGGAACGCAGUUUGCAGUAUAUGAAUGCUCAGGAGGAGCUAAAUCCUGCCCAUGCCUUUGCGGGUCAGGUGCAACCGGGAGGACCGCAUGCCCCUGGCGGUGCACAGCAGCAGCCCGGAGGUCAGCCAGCACACGUCGGUGGCCAGCAGAAUGCAGGGGGUGGCCAGCAACGUGGUCGUGGACAGCAGCGUGGCCGUGGUGGCCGCGGUCAACGUGGUGGUCGCGGUGGUCGUGGCCAGCGAGGAAGAGGUCAUGGUUACGGUUUUCCUCCACAGUUUGGUUAUGGUUAUCCUCCACCAGGCUAUUUUCCAGGGGGUGCACCGCAUGCUGGUAUUCUUGGGCCUCCAGGCUCAGCGGGCUCCUCUUCAGCUGAGGGAAAUUCAGUUCCUCCUCCGGUUAUUUGUCAAAUUUGCUAUGCCCCAGGUCAUCCUGCUUCCACGUGUCCUUCUCGCUUCGUUCAACCGGCUGCACCUGCUCUAGCUGCUCAGGCCCCUGAUGCUUCCGAGAUGGUUUGGUAUCCUGAUUCAGGUGCCUCAGCGCAUAUGACUCCUCAUUCAGGAUUUAACAACGGGGGAGGUCCUUCUUCGAGCUCUCAGUAAUAACGGCGUUUAUCCUAUUCGUCAGCCAAUUCCGUCGCCAGUUGCUCUGUCUGCU